GAUAAAGGUGAAGAAGUACUAGAAAAUACGUGUACGCUAAUUUAGUCAAAUAGACCACGCAAUAACUAUUCAGUUAAAUGUUAAAUUCUGGAUGCAAACGUGAAGAAAUUUAGUCCUAUAUUUACACAGAUCAAAUUUUAUUUAAUGAAAGUAAAGAUUUUCUAUGUUGAUUUUUCACACUAUAAAUAUUUAUCUUCGUAAAUUCAUGAAUAACUUUGAUACACAUAUGAGUGCCAUUUGUGUGGAUUUUAUUCUGAAAUGAACUGCACGUUUACCCGGUCUAUAUUCGUAUUGAUAUUAUGCCUUACUCUGUCGACUAUAAUAAAAGGUGUUAACGCUGUCGGAAUUAUUUUCAAUUUCAGGCUACUUUUCCUUCGACUUUGGGAGGAUUUAUGUGCUCGCCUAGGUGGAACUUUCAACUAUUUUCUUCAAUACCUGAAAGCUAAAUAUGGAGGGAUGCAACCAGGAUCUAUGUAAAUGAUUUUGUUUUGAUUGUUUUGUUCUUUUUUGAAUUGUUGACCUUCUUUUAACUGCCGGACUAGUUUUUCUCCUUCAGUAAUGAUCACAGAGGGUUGAAAAGUGGAAAAAUGUCAGAUGAUACAAUGAUUUUAAAUUUAUGUAAACUGUGUGUGUAAAUAUAAUUUGAUGAUGUCAAAUAUUGUGUAAUGCAUUUUGGUUCCAGUAACCUUUUUAUGUCCUAUCCUGUUUGAUGAAUCAGCGUGUUUCUGUAGCAUUGAUACCA